AUGGGUCGAGGAAAAGUUCAGAUGAAGCGAAUAGAGAACCCAGUUCACCGGCAGGUUUCAUUCUGCAAGCGCCGUACGGGGCUCCUCAAGAAGGCCAAGGAGUUGUCUAUCUUGUGUGACGCCCAGAUCGGAGUCUUCAUUUUCUCCUCCAACGGCAAGCUCUAUGAACUAUCCACCCAUGGUACCAUGCAGGAGCUGAUGAAGAAGUACAAGGAGUCGACCACCCAAGGGGGUUCGGCUGCAGCAGGCCAACCAAAAGAGGAGGAAUACGUCCAGCAGGGCACAAAAGAGGAAGUUAAUAUGUUGAAACAUGAGAUUGAUUUACUGCAAAAAUGUCUCAGGUAAUGACUAAUUAACCUUUUCUCAUUGAGUGGUAACGAAUAAAUAUUACUAGA